GUUAGUUUUGUAAAUGCUACGAAUCGAGUUUCUAUUAUCUAAUAGUGUAACGUAAUUCUCUAUCAAUUUGCUAUCUGUGACUAAUAAGAUUGGUGCAUAAGCUUAUGUGACUAUGUUUUGAUUCGAAGGCGAUUUUAGGUUUCACAAUAUUGGGGUAACUAGUAUGAAAUUGAAUUACAAUGAACAGUUGUGAGACUCUUCGUCUUGAAAGUAUUUGCCUUGGUCUUGUUCAGUCCAUAGAAAAAUUCUGGAAACGUCAUGAGAAUGAAGACUUUCAAGUCAACAUCGAAGGUGAAACCAUCAGAUGCCACAGUUUUAUUCUCGCCUCUUCUUCUGAGUUUUUCGGAGGUUUACUCAGAUCCAAUAUGAAAGAGAAACUAGACAUGAAAGUUGACUUACAGAACAUUCCCCUGAAUAUUUUUCAGCUGAUUCUCAAAACUCUGUACACCGGAUGUGAGUUGUUAACUAAAGACAAUGUCCUGGAAGUUUGGUCUGCAGUUCAUCAGCUUCAAAUUGAUUUUUUAAUUCAACAUUGUGAAGAUUUUGUUUUGAAAAAUAUUUCUCUGGAAACUUUGGAAGAGUACAAGAAGCAAGCAGAGUUCCUUAUGUCUAAAAAAGUUUCACAAGAAAUUUUCAGCCACAUGCUUGAAAACUUUAUGACUCUCAGAAAUACAAACACAUUUUUGAGAUUACAGUUUGAGGACCUUCUAAAACUGAUUGAAAGUGACAAUCUGGUUGUUACUUCUGAAGAUUUAGUUCUACAGUCUGUUUAUGAAUGGAUCAACUUUGGAGAAAUUUCUGCCCCGAAGAUUACGUGUGAUAAUGCUAUAUCAACAACAGAUGCUAUAGACAAUUCUUCUAAAAUAGAUACUUCUGGCAAAAAUAUCGAAACUAUAAAAGUUCCAGCUGGAAAUGUGGCUGAGCUUACAGAGGCUACCGAAGAAAGUAAAUUAAAGGAUUUCUCUGACAAUAUCUUAACUCACACUACCGCCAUGUCUUACGUGAGCCAAAAAGACGGAUUUUUAUCACUAGCAACUCAAUGUCAAGGCAACCCGAGAGAUAUUUAUCUACUUCCACUUUUAAAAGCUACUAGAUAUUUCUUGCUUUCUGAAAAGUCUAUCACUAAUCUCUACCAAACAAAGCUGGUACAAAGCCACGUACACACCAUUGGGUUUCUCUUUGAGUCUUUGGCAUAUAAAACUCGGAUCAAUAUCAACGGCUAUCUGCCUAUUGCUGCAGUUCACCGUGAAUGUAGUCCGUUUGAAAAUAUGGGCAUAUUCUGCCACAGCACCAAACUACUUUUCGCUUUUUCUUUUGCGAAACAAAAAAUGUAUUAUUUUCCGGUGAGUGCAAUGCUGAAUAUUUGUCAGCUUACGGUACUCAACAAUCAACUGUUUGCUUCCGUGAACUACGAGAGUUCAAGUGAGAUCUUUGUUUUACAAAGUGUAAAUUGGGUCAGUGUUUGCAAACUAGAAGAGCAAGUACGCUUCUGUUUGUCACAUGAUGAUUCUAUUAUUAGCAUCACCAUGCCAAACGCUUUGGUCUAUCGAUAUAAACCAAUUUCACCAAUUACUAAGAUUGACGUUGACGUUGGAGCCAUUGACUAUGCAAUCGGUUUUUACCAGAACAUUCUUCUCUUCACGACCUCAGAUCUGAAAACAAAAGUUCGUUGCUGGGAUACAGACAAAAACACUUUGUCAGAUUUAACUGAGCUUGACUUCUCAGCUAACAGCAUGACAAGUUUCACUGAUGACAGAUCGACUUACAUCCUAGAUUCACUUGGGAACCUCUAUCAAGUGAAUCAGACAGAAACCAUUCAGUUCACUUUCAUAGAUAGAAUCUGGAGUUCCAAAGUUGAAGUCUUGAGAGGAGCUGUACUCUUGGGAAAAGUUCUGUUCCUAAAUGGCACGUUUCCAGAUGUAAUAGAGAAAAGAAACUUGCCAAAAACAGUUAAGGAUAUCUUCUCAACACGUUGUAAUUUAAUAUCUGGACCUUUAGAUUGUACCUCAAAUUUUAUUUCUUUUGCCAUUUCUAAGACAGAUGUAACCGAUUUAGGACGACUUUGAGACAGACUGACAGACUGACAGACAGAUAGGUAGAUUGAUAGAAAGAUAGAUAGAUAGAUAGAUUUUUUGAUCAGAUUUUUUUUAAACGCAUACACCCACAUAUAUAUUUAUUUAUAGUUCAUAAACUAUUUAUGUAUAUUCUUAAUUUUGUUAUAAAUAUAUUUUGUACAUAUCAAUUGGUCACAUAUGCUCCAAGCGAAUAAAUACUACAUUAUUCUCA